AUGAAAAUUUUCUCGUGUCUUAUAGCGGUGACUUAUUGCCAAGCUGGAACGAUACCAAAGGAUGAAGAUUAUCACCAUGAGCUCCCAAAUUUGAGUACCGUUUAUCACGGGCAUGGUGCCACCAGUUAUCAGUACGGCCACAUAAAAGACCAUCAAAGUACCACUACAGAUCAUCACGCGAAACAUAAUCAGUACGAGUUAGCCGAUUAUUUGGAACUCGAUGACCAUCCUGUGAUCUCAUAUCAGCACGCGGUGUCGAUAAAGAAGCCACACGUCUUGCCCCGGAUUAUUCUUGUCUCUACCAUAGCUCCCUACAAGGACGAGAAAGUGGAGCAUGAAAAACUGGACGCUGACGUAGCCACGGUCUACUACGACCAGUACGAUCAUGAUUUUGUCGAGGAUUACGAGUAUCAUUAGCACAAUCGACUCGCAAUGAAACAUUUCUGUCGAUUAAAAGAGA